UAUUUUUGCGCCCACCAGGGCAAACUUGUAAAUUAGGUGCGCGGAGGAAAAUUUUUGCGCCCGUACAGGGGAAUUAGGGCUGAAUAUCCACAGAUAUUUACUUAUCUUCGAGGCAACCUAGCCUCCUCCUCCAAGCCGCUCGUACGUCAGUCACAGCUGAAGACUACUAGCACAAUGGUGAAGUACUCCAGAGAGCCAGACAAUCACACCAAGUCCUGCAAAGCCAGAGGCUCUGAUCUAAGGGUUCACUUCAAGAACACUAGGGAAACAGCUCAUGCUCUCAGGAAGUUGCCUUUAGUGAAGGCUAAAAGGUAUUUGGAGGAUGUUUUGGCACACAAGCAAGCCAUCCCCUUCACUCGUUUCUGCCGUGGUGUGGGACGAACUGCACAGGCAAAGAACAGACACCCGAAUGGACAAGGACGUUGGCCUGCAAAAUCUGCUAAGUUUAUUCUUGAUUUGCUCAAGAAUGCUGAAAGCAAUGCUGAGGUGAAAGGAUUAGAUGUAGAUUCCCUAUUCAUUUCUCAUAUUCAAGUGAAUCAAGCACAGAAGCAAAGGCGCCGCACGUACCGUGCUCAUGGGAGAAUUAACCCAUAUAUGUCAUCUCCCUGCCACAUUGAAUUGAUCUUGUCUGAAAAGGAAGAGCCUGUCAAGAAAGAGCCUGAAUCUCAGCUGGCGACCAGCAAAUCUGGAAAGGCUUAGCCAUGCAGUCAUACAAAAGAAGAGUUGGAAUUUUACAUUUUUACUCCAUUUUGCGUGCAAUCUAUUUGAACUAGUUUCUUACAUAGAUCUUGUCUCCAAGAAUGGUUAUUAUGCGUUAUUUUUGUUUUUUGUUUUUGAAGAACCUUUUCAUUUUUCAUUUUCAGUUUGAUAAAUGACAUUGCUUUUUCAGGUUCACUUCGCAUGCAUUAGUCAUUUAGUCCUAGUUAUUUAGAUAAUCUCUAUGAAUGGAUUAUGUAUUAAUUUAUAAUUUGGUUCAUCAGAUAUUGCUUACUAUCAUACAGAAUUACAGACUAGUGUUUUAGGGCUGUUGUGGUCGAUUUGGGACAUGGUUCUGGAUUCAAUUGGGAACAGGACUGGUCCGCAUGAAAGUGAUGAAACUGAACCAUGUUUCUGGUCUUAGAUGUAUAAUUUUGGAUCUAUUGCUUUGUAUAGUUUGCAAAUCUGGUCAGAAUGAACUCCGUAUGAAAUGGAUCCAAAACUCUUCGUUACAAUUUGAAGUUGUAUCUGCUACUGGGGGUUGUGAUUAUGGUUCUUGCAAUCUUGUGGUUAGGCAACAGGGAUUGUAUUGGGCCCCCUAUUUGCUGAUGUGGAAUGUGGAUACGAG